AUGUUUUCGAAUUCCGAAUGCCAAGUCCAAGCCGAUAAAAUAUAUGUUCUUCUAGGAAUAGUCAGUGACACGGAACUCUGCAAUUUCCCUGUAGAUUAUGCUCGACCCUUGUUUGAUACAUAUGUUGAAAUCCUUAACUGCUAUACUCAAACACGAUCAACAGAGUCACCGGCACUCGGCAUCAUAAGACUGAGUCAGAUUCUGCAGCUUGUAUUAAAUGGUCCUAUCCCAGCCCCUGGAAUGGCUUUGAAGUGGUGUGAAAUAGAACAAGUAAGCCAGACAGAAUUGUUCAAUUACCGUGGUUAUAUGGAAGGCCUUGUUGUCGCGUCUAGUAUUGGCAGACAUGAUCUCCCCCAAAGAUUGAAAAUGGAAUUGCCAGAGAUUAAAAGCACAUGGAAGAUUCUUUCAAGCAAAAUUAGAGACUUGGAUUCCUGUAGCAAGAACAUCUUAAAGAGUUUCGACAGUGUAUUUGGUUACGCUACGAGAGAAAAUCUACCGCUGUGUGAUGUCGGAAAGUCUGUGACCAAAGAAAUGUCGAUCAGAUUUGACAGGGUUCACGAAACAGGAUUUUUUAUAUCAAGCACAAGAGAGUUUGGCAUUACUUCAGCUGAAGUCCGGGAAAAUGAUUUCAUCUGUCGUUUGAAAGACACUGAUAUCACACUUAUCAUUCGUCAAAGGCGCGAACAUUACCCACUUAUCAGUAGAGCGGUGUUGACAUCCUAUGAAGACACCAUUCCAAGAUUUGGAGGACGCGCAGAAAAUAUUAAGGGCGACGCCCUCGAUCUCUGGCUUGAUCCACUGACACUACAGGCACUGAUAUGUCCAAUCAAAUCUAAGGGAGUAAUUCCAUACUGGGAAUGUCUUACCAUGGAAGAUGUAUUCUCCAAACUUGUUGGAAUAUGA